CCUGUGCGCGUGGAGCCCGGUGCUGCGGGCAGCGCCGCCUCCGCGGCAGCCGAGCAGGCCCUGGCCCUGCUGCGGCGGCAGCGGCGGGUGCGCGACCCGCUGGCCAGGCCCGCCGUGCGGCCCGGCGUCGUGUACGGCUUCGACGACGAGACGGCGAUGGCCGCCGACGCCUACCAGCAGUGGCAGCACGACGCGGCGUGCCUGAGGCUGCCCCACCGGCGCGCGGGCGACUACGCGGAGGCCGGCGCCUGCGACGCGCGCGAGGCGGAUCACCUCGGGCUGCUGCUGCGGGCGCUGCUGGACCCGCCGCCGCACGCCCUCGGGGGCCUGGGCGCGGCGCCAGAGCCAGCGGGGCCCGGGCACGCCGCGGGCGGGCUCGAGUUGCAGGUGGUCCACGGCGCCUCGGGCGCCGCCGAGGCUCCAGGAGAGGCAGCGCCCCCUGGUGAGGCUCUCCAGGCACCGCCGCCCGCCGUUGGCGGCGAGGACUGCCUCGGCCAGGCCCCGUGGCUCGGGCAGGCCGGGCCCGUGCCCGAGCAGGCGGGCGAGCUCGCGGGCGAGCUGGGGCCAGAGGCGCAGGACGAGCGCACCGCCGAGGUGGGGAGGAUCAUCCGCAACUGCCUGCGGGCGGACCCGCCCACGGUCGCGUUCCACACGCUCGUGCCCCCCGGCGGCGCGGACCGCGCGACGGCGGCUUCGACAUUCGCCGCCGUGCUGGCGCUGGCGAGCGCUGGGGAGCUCCGCGUGCAACAGGACGGCCCCUACGGCGACAUCGUCAUCUCCGAGCCGUGA